GAUCUGAAAUCCGCCAUAGCUGGUGCGAAGGAGCUCCAGUUCUUGCAGCCGUUAACUGGCACUUUUGAUCCUUCGACCUUCACACGGACUACUGGCCAAGCACAGGCCGCCACCAGAAGCGAAGGCAGCGCGCUCUUCGCGGCGGAAGGCCCGCCUGCACAGGGAGAAGAGGGGCCCGCAGACCGAGAGGAGUCAGAGUCGCUCCAAGAGAAGACGCCCGAAGUCAAAGGGAAGGCUGGCGAUGGCGAUUCCAAGAAGCGCAAGAUGGCGACAUCGGGGGAGAAGACCAGCAAGGCGGUCCGGCGCGCUGCAGACAAGAAGCCUGUCCCGGCAGCACAGCCUGGGCCAGGUCUCAAGAGUUUCUUCAGGUGCGUUGAGACUGCAGAAGCUGGCGCAUGA